AUGGCGUCAGAGAAGAAAUUAUCGAACCCGAUGAGAGAGAUUAAGGUUCAGAAGCUCGUUCUCAACAUCUCCGUCGGCGAAAGCGGCGAUCGUCUCACAAGAGCUGCUAAGGUGUUGGAGCAACUCAGUGGCCAAACCCCUGUUUUCUCCAAGGCAAGGUAUACUGUACGUUCCUUUGGGAUUCGGCGUAAUGAAAAAAUUGCUUGCUACGUCACGGUUAGAGGUGACAAGGCAAUGCAACUCCUUGAGAGUGGCUUGAAGGUCAAGGAAUAUGAGCUCUUGAGAAGGAACUUCAGCGAGACUGGCUGUUUUGGUUUUGGAAUUCAGGAACACAUUGAUCUUGGAAUUAAGUAUGACCCUUCAACUGGUAUUUAUGGAAUGGACUUUUACGUUGUUCUGGAACGCCCUGGGUACCGUGUAGGCCGUCGUCGCAGGUGCAAGUCCCGUGUUGGGAUCCAGCACAGGGUCACUAAGGAUGAUGCCAUGAAGUGGUUCCAGGUGAAAUAUGAGGGAGUUAUCCUUAACAAGGCUUCAAACAUAGGAGCUUAG